UUGCCCAUAGGACAGUGUGUGCUUUAGUAUUAGAUCUUGACAAUGAAAAAAAAAUCUAUGAAUAUCAUCAAGGAAGUGAGAUCCGAUAUAACAAAUGACGUAUCGUUAUGUACAUCCAGUUAGAGCAUGGAAAUAGGCUAGACUUGAGUCAACAUUCAACUUGAACGCUGUCACCAUCAUAUUCCACGUAACUCACAAGGGGAGAAGGAAGACAAAAUCCAGAUGUAGCUUACACGUAUGUCAAGGCCAACCGGUAUUGGAAGAACGACAGAGAAAGAGAAAGAGGGGGAGAAAACGAAGAGCUCGAAGUGAAAGGGCACAUAUUCCACCUUCUUUCUCUAGCGGUUGUUCAGAAAUGAAAUCCAAAACUCAAGUUGAUGACCCCAUAUUUUUCUACGAAAACUCGUCAGGACGAUGAGCGUCGGUAAUAGUGACACUGUUCAGGUCCUCUUCAUCCGCUGCUAUUGCAGUUGGAACUUAGAAUUGGAAGAUACUUGAAUCCGGAAUUGAAUAAACGAGGAGCUAAAUCGCCAUUUGUUUAGGGUAUUUAUAUAUUAACAAGACAACCUACUGAUAUCUCAUUCCAUUCCAUUUGUUUGACAUUAAAGGAGCUCCAAGUGUUACUUCAAUGGACAGGGGGGAGUUACGGCAACGGUAACGAUUGCUGAAUCAUGAGGGUGAGUCUCAUGCGAAUAAUAUUCCUCUUCGGAUCUAUGUUUCUUACGACAUGCGUCGUCAUCUUCGUUAACUACCCAACAUCUUAUGGGACUAGAGAAGACGAGCGAACUGUAGAUAGACUUCGCAGAUUGAAUACACUUGAACACCGAAUCUUAGGAGGACGUUUGUUGCAGGUAUCUCAGCCGAAAGGACAAGAAUACAUAUUCUCGAACAAAACCUCGAUCGACAAAAAUAUAACAAAAAGCAUUAGCAUCAAGGGAGAAGAGCUUCCUAAACCUCACAACAACAUAAAAAGGAUAAAGGUGAACAUUAAAGGAGAAGGGCCUCCUAAACCUCAAAACAACGUUAAAAGUGAAGAGGCGCCCAAACUUGACAACAGCAUCAAAUAUGAAAAGGCACCAAAACAUGACAACAGCGUCAAACAUGAAGAGACAUCAAAACUUGAAAACAGCGUUAAAACAUGCAAACACCAGAGGGCGCCAGAUCGCAUGGAGAACUUGUUUGGGGAACAGUUCAAUCGAAGCAUUACCCCAUUCAUGACAUUAUCCUCAUUACAGUCUGCUAGCUCCACCAGAUAUUCUCUUCCUUUUGGUUUCCGUCGAUUAGAAGGAGCAACAAGGUCUCUUCUUGAAAAAUUACCCGAUACGGAUAUUCCGGCAGAUAUCAGAAAGCUGUCGUGUCGUCGGUGUAUUGUGAUCGGGAAUGGAGGUUUAAUGAAAGGGGCCCAGCUUGGAAGUGAGAUAGACAAAUACGACGCGGUAUUCAGAUUGAACACGGCGCCCAUCAAGGGAUACGAAACUGACGUUGGGUCGAAAACUACAGUACGAAUUGUUUAUCCCGAGAGCUCGGUUCUCAGCCCAGAUGUCUACGCUCAGGACUGGACUUUGCUUGUCGUUGCAUUCAAACAGGUCGACCUCCAGUGGAUCGACUACAUCAUAGAAGGUCGUGACUUGAAAAAACUAAAGGGAUUCUGGCACCCGACUGCGGAUUUUGUGCCGAAACCGAGAAAGGAUAUUCGAAUAUUUAAUCCGGCAAUCAUAUCAGAACUUUCAGCUAAUCUCAUCGGAUUUAAGAUAGCGAAGGGCAAAAUGGAUAAGAAUGUACCGACUACGGGUUCAAUGGCGAUUAUGGUGGCGCUAAGGUUCUGCGACGAGAUAUCAGUGGCAGGGUUCGGCUACGAUAUCAAACGCCCAGAUACACCGAUCCAUUACUACAGCUCAGAGAAAACCAAAUCCAUUAUGUCAUCGUUUACCCACGGAAUCGACCUCGAGAAGAAAUUCCUUCACAAACUGGUCAAGCAAGGAAUCAUCAAUGAUCUCACAGGAGGUCUUCGGAACCAACUCUAGACCAAUUUGUCCAUCACGUAUUUUUAUACAACCAGCAGCCGAUCAACGCAGGUCUACGAUUCAGUGCUGGUAAAAAACGCAAUGCGCGCAAUCAGGUGCUUGAUGGGAAUUUAAAAAAGUGCGCGCAGUCAUCCAAAUUGAGAAUUGUAUUUUAUUGUGGAAUAUUUGAUUUGGUGUAAUAGAGGUGGUUAUUUACCAUAUUCAGAUUCAGAUUCAGUUUUAUUUCCAACAGAAAUAACAAAUAUUGAUACAAAUC